GAACAGAAGUGAAUUCCUUUGUAUUGGAAUGCUUGUUGCAAUUAACAUUCUUCGCAGUUUAAGAGCAUUUGUGGCCAAAGAUAUAGCAAUCUUCGGCUGCAGAAAUGAAUGCUCACUUAACCCUGAUGCUUUUGCCUGUGUGCCAACAGCAAAACAGAACUUUGGCAUCCUGAGCAUCUAUCGGACAGCAGCUCUUCUGGCUCCUAAA